CCUAAUGCACCGAAGACUGAAGAUAAAGAGAAGCCAGCACUGAGCAGAAGUGUAUCGAGCGCAGACAACGAGGAGUUGGAGGAGUUUGAAGCCCAGAAGAUGGUUGCUGAAGAGAAGCAGUCCGGAAACUUGAAGUGGGAGGUGAUAAGCCAGUACUUCAGGGCCGGGGGUAACUUCUGCUUCAUCAUGUUUACCAUCACGGUGGUGCUGAUGGCCGCGGCCACCGCUGCAGCAGCCGAUUAUUGGAUUAGUUUUUGGUCAAACCAAAUGGCUGCUUAUGAAGAAGAAAGGGCAGAGGCAGGAGAAGAAAUGGAUCCUGGCUUGGACGUUCAAGUGGGUCCGUUAACGACGGGACAGUAUCUGCUGAUCCACGGGUGUAUAGUGGCCGCUUGCAUCUUCUUCACAAACUUCAGAGUGAUACCGUUUGCAGCUCUUUGUGCUAACGCUUCUCGAAGACUUCACGAUUUCAUGUUUUCAACGAUGAUAAAGGGCGUUAUGAGGUUCUUCGAUACUAGCUCUUCGGGUCGUAUUUUGAACAGAUUUACAAAGGACAUGGGUGCUCUCGACGAGAUAUUACCUCGUACAUUACUGGACGUGUUCCAGAUUUAUAGUACUUUGAUCGCAAUAUUGGUACUGAACGCGAUGGCCUUGUACUGGACUUUGAUACCGUCAGCUGUUCUGUUGGUUCUGUUCUACUUCUUCGUGAAAAUAUACAUGAGAACGGCACAAGGAGUAAAGAGACUGGAAGGAACAACUAAGAGUCCAGUCUUUGGAAUGGUGUCAUCUUCUCUGAACGGCAUUGCAACCAUACGAUCAGCUGGAGCCCAGGAUCGGCUUAUCGACGACUUCGACAGAUAUCAGGACCUGCACACAUCGGCUUGGAACAGCUUCCUGGGCGGCGGCACCACUUUCGGCUUCUAUUUGGAUGUCAUGUGUCAAGUGUAUCUGACCGUGAUCAUAUUUGUCUUCCUUUAUCUAGAUUUUGGUAAUAUAAUAGCGGUGGGUAGCGUGGGCUUGGCUGUGACCCAGAGCAACACGUUGACCGCUAUGUUGCAACACGGAGCCAGGAUGCUGGUGGAAUUCCUGGCCCAGCUGACCAGCGUCGAGCGAGUGCUGGAGUACACCAAGAUCGAUACUGAACGCAAUCUCUUCGAAGGAGAACUGCCUGUACCACCUACAUGGCCAUCACAUGGAACUAUCGUCUUCCAAAACGUCAACAUGAGAUACGCACCAGAGCAUGAGCCCGUUUUGAAGAAUCUGGACUUAGUCAUAGAGAGAGGCUGGAAGGUGGGAAUAGUGGGAAGAACAGGAGCUGGAAAGUCGUCCCUGAUCUCAGCUAUCUUCAGGUUCGCGUACAUUGACGGUAACAUUAUGAUAGACGGCAUUGAUACCUCCUUGGUCUCCAGACAGAAUCUGCGUUCAAAAAUCUCGAUCAUACCGCAAGAGCCAGUUCUGUUUUCGGCGACGAUCCGCUACAACUUGGAUCCCUUCAACAUCUACAGUGACGACGAUCUCUGGCGAGCACUGGAACAGGUUGAUAUGAAGUCAAGUAUACCAUCAUUGGACUUCAAGGUGACAGAAGGUGGGUCCAACUUCUCAGUGGGUCAGAGACAGCUAAUGUGCUUGGCUCGAGCCGUCCUGCGCUCCAACAGAAUACUGAUUAUGGAUGAAGCUACGGCAAAUGUUGAUCCACAGACGGAUAACUUUAUACAACAGACGAUCCGACGCCAAUUCGCAUCGUGUACAGUCUUGACGAUAGCACAUCGUCUGAAUACGAUCAUGGACUCAGACCGUGUCCUGGUUAUGGGCGCUGGACAAAUCCUAGAGUUCGACCACCCGUACAACCUUAUGUCCAACCCGGACAGCCAUUUCUCAGGCAUGGUGAGAGAAACUGGUGAAAAGGUGAGCGCCCAGCUGUUCGAAGUUGCGAAGGACGCGUAUUAUCAGAGCCAUCACAAAGAAGAUGCUAGAUGAAAACCCGGCUUUAGGAAUGAGAUCAACUCAUCAUCACAAACGUUUGAAUUCUGUGAUCUAUUUAACAAUGAUUUAAUUAUUCUUCAUGCCUAAUGUUAAUAAUCAUAUAAUACUUUGGGUAAAUUCAACUCUGCAGGACAACAAAAACUUCAUUUUGCGUUUGUACAUUAUUCUAAAAAUCUUUUUUAUACCUAAGAAUCUGAUAACUAAUGUAAAAUCUUGAGAUAUUUGUAAGGAUUAUAAUGUCGUGUUCAAAAAAGUAUUUAAUCCCAAUUCCUAUAUCAUAAGCUACAAAUUAAGUUAAUAUUUGUUACUUACAUAUAUAUGCAUUUAGUUUUUACUUAUUAACUUAAACGGGUGGGCACAUAAUGGCACAAGUAUCUUUUUUAAGACAUUGAGCGUUCGAAGCAGAAUGAGAUUUGACUUUCCAAAACCUAAGAGAGCAAAUACACAAGACACCCUUUUAGUAAAGUUCACUGGCCUCGAUCAGCUAAAAAUUUCCAGCGUGUAAUAAGAAAACAAAAUACCUAAAUCACAAAUGAGUGUCAUUCAAAUUGUCACUGAAACAAAAAACUAAGAUUUAAUUAUUAGAUUAAAAAGUUCAGUUUGCAAUGUGUAUUGCAGAUAUACUCUUUGAUCAAAAUACAUAUUAUAACACGCUUAAUCUUAAUGAGCUUUCAUCAAAACGUGCUCUAGACAAACGUUUAUUCAAAACGCAAUGCCUAGGUAAUUAUUGGUAUUUUUGGUUUAUAACUCUCCAUGGAAAGUUUAUCGAGUUUCAUGUGGCAAUGGGUCUACAAAAGACAGGCCAUAAUAAAGUAUGCGUAAUUUAUGUAUCUCUAUCUGAUAACGGAAUAUAAGCUGGACAAAUACGCGAGACAGUGGGCCUCCCAGUGCGCCAAAGAGUCUUCUCUGCACAAGAUAUAACAAGUGGGCAAUCAGCGGCUCCUUAUAUGCCAUGAGUAAUAGCGUACAAGCAUUAUUUGUGUUUUGGUUAGAAGCCGUAGCUAGUGAAAUUACUGGGAUAACUUUCUCUCAUAGCGACGUGCGCAAUCGCCUUUCAGAAUUUUGGGUUCUUCAAGAAUCCUCAGCCCCAUUAUAAUAUGCAAGCUGUAUUACUUACCAUCUCUUUUCUAGCACGUUUUUAUACCGAAAAAUCUAAAUUAAACGUGCUGUAUUAUAAGAUGACAUCUAGGUGACAUUAUCAGUAUUGAACAUUUUUCCAAGUGCAAAAAAAACCUGAAAAGAUUUUACUUGAGAGGUGUUUCAAGGUGUAGUGCCUUCAUCUUAAUUACAAGCAACGGUAUUGUGAUUCUUCAGCUGUUGCAAUAUCGUAUGGGCAGCGGUUAUCACUUACCAAGAGGUGAUCCACUUCCGCGUUUAUCCUAAUAUCUAAAUAAAAUAUCACUUACCAUACCUAUUCCAAGAAAGCAAACCAAGAACGUACCUAAAUAUCGCCUAGCCUUAAUUUUAAGUACCUCAGUAUAAUUGUUAUAAUCAUUAACUACUAAUUAAAAACCAAAUUAAUUAAUAAGAUUUUGUUGUUUGCAUAAAAGCAAUAGGUUAUUUAGAUUCAUAGGAUAUUACGCCAUAGUUUUUAGUGCUUAAAGUAGUUUUUUGUGGUUACGCAUGUUUUGUCAAUCAAUCGAAUUUAAGUUAAUUGCAAUAUAUAGAUAUAAGAUUGUAUUAUUAAUGAAUUGUUGUAAUAAAUCGGUAUCAUGUAAUUAAUUUAUAAAACAUGAAGAAGAAAAGCAGUCUAAUAAAAUUCUGAAACAAA